AUCCCCUCCCCUCGGCUCGCUGUUCCCCUUCUUCGUUUCGCCUCUCCCUCACUCAGUGUGCAGCUCUGUGCGGUGCAGCAUUAUGGCGCUGCGGUGGAACUGCGCUGUAUACGUGGCGCUGAGUUUUUCCUCUCUCUGCGUCUUGUGGUCUAUGUGUCUGGCUGCUGGCACUGCCGGGGCACCGGGCACACUCUCCAAACUACUACCGCCUUACGACGUGCUCUACUACCGCGGAGUCAGGGCUUACUUUUCGACGGAAUGGGAGAAAGCGUUUGAGUACCUCGAACAGUCCAUAGCUACCAGAGAAGCGCAUCGCAGAGUGAGGAGAACAUGCCACGACCGGUGUUCAACCGCGGGGGAAAAACUAGUCCCCAAACUAGACACCGAAAAAGGCAGCAUGUGGAACCUGUGGGCGAUGGACUGGAUCCUGCAGCGAGCAGAGUGUAUACGCUUUUGCCUAAACCAAGCAAUCACACCUUCCGGUCAGUCUCCUGUAUCAACGGACAUCGAGUAUGAAUUUGGGACUCGCAAUGCUUACAAUUACUUGCAGUUGAUUUACUACAAGUUGGAUAAACCGAGGAAAGCUGCUUCAGCUUCUCAUACAUUCUUUGUGGCCAAUCCGAGUCACCUGGAGAUGAGGAACAACAUAGAGAAGUACAGACGUAUGGAUGGAGUUACAGACGAUGCCUUCCAGGACAGAGAGAGGGAAUUAGAAAAGCACUGGGAGUUGUACAAUGCUGCUCUUCUGGCUGAAAGCUCCUCUAAUUGGGUACGAGUGGUGGAGAAAUGGAAGGAGUGUGUAAAUGAGACCUUAAAGCAGACAGAAGAGUGCAGAGCUCAGUGUGUGGUGGCAUCACAACGCCUUCCAGAGGACAGAGAACGCGCCCAGGGAGUGUAUGAGAACGCAGCAGAUCUGUCUCUUUCAUUGUUGGCAUGCAAACAAAUGUGUGUGUCUCUGGUGUCGACAAGGCCUGGAAGGGUCUCUCCUCUUGAGGACUUUCUACCAAUGCAGCUGGAACAUCUUCAUAUUGCCCAGUAUAAAGUUGGUGAUCUGAAGGGGGCAGUACAGAGCCUGCGCUCUCUGCUGCUCUUUUACCCAAACGAUGCUGAUUCACUCAGUAACCUGCAGCUCUACUCGGAGUCGAUGGAGGGCGAUGCUGAGUUUCAAGCCAUUGCUCCAUCACAGGAAAUCACCAGCUAUGUCAACAGAGCCCUUGAGGAGAAAAAACUGCUUUACUUCGGAGUGGAAAAUCUAGAUUUUACGUUCUUUGACCCGGAUUUGUGGACACCAGAAGACAUUGUUCCUGAGUCACUGAGGGAAAGCUGGAGAGCAGAGAGGGAAGUGCAUAAUGAGAAAAUGAAGGAAGGCGAGAAGAUGUUAGAGGUGGAUGAUAGUGGAUUUUAUUCUGGAGGUUCGGUUCAUCAAGUUGGCGUGAACGUUACGAUGGACGACGUUGCUCUGAAUGGAACUAACCGUGUCGUAUUGGAUGGUGUGAUGUCACAAACUGAAUGUAACACCAUAAUGCAGCUGGCAAAUAUUGCUGCAUCGGUUGGUGAUGGGUAUAAGGGAAGACGUUCUCCACACACACCUCAUGAGAAAUUCGAGGGUCUGACAGUUUUAAGGGCUGUUAAGUUGGCUCAAGAUGGAUUACUGAACCAAACCGAUGUUAAGUUGCUGCAUGAGAUUGGCGAGAGAGCUCUAAAUCUCAUGCACUCGUAUUUCAGGAGCCACUCGGCCCUCUUCUUCUCCUACACACACCUUGUUUGCCGCUCCGCUAUUCCAGGGCAUCAGGAGGGACGUAUGGACUUGUCUCACCCCGUCCAUGUGGAUAACUGUAUACUGGAGCCAGAGACCAGGCAAUGCUGGAGAGAAGCACCUGCAUUUACACACAGAGAUCUGAGUGCAGUCCUGUACCUGAAUGAAGAUUUUGAAGGAGGAGAGCUCUUUUUUACUGACAAAGAUGCCAAAACUAUUACAGCCAGGGUGAAGCCCAGCUGUGGACGUCUUACUGGUUUUACUUCAGGGCCUGUUAAUCCUCACGGAGUCACGGCAGUCACAGUGGGUCGCAGGUGUGCACUGGCGCUCUGGUUCACUACAGAAAAGCAUCACAGAGACAUGGAACGGGAGGAGGCUGAAGCUAUAUGGGCACCAGAUGGGCAGAAGGGGCUAAAGAAGGACAGUGAAGAGUCAGACAGCGCAUUGGCACCAGCUCGGAGUGGGCGGAGCCAGUCAUCUAAGGGGAGGAGCAAAGACAGAGAGAGAGUGAGGACUUUUAGAGAUGAACUUUAAAAAUAAAAAUAACUGGUUAAGCAGUCGCAUUUUUCCAAGAUGUUUUACUUUUUUACAUGGACAUUUGAUAUUCACUCCUGCUGUACGUUGAAACACUAUAUAGACAAAAAUAUUGGGACACCCCUUCUAAUUUUUGAAUUCAUGUGUUUCAGCCACAACAACUGCGAACAGGUGUAAUAAAUCAAUUAUACAAAGCGAAUUAUAUGCUUCCAACUUUGCAGCAACAAUUUAGGGAAGCCGCUUUACUGUUUCAGCACAUAAUUUGUACCCUGGUCACAAAAUGAGAGCCCCAGUAAAGAGUUUUGGAAUAAACUGAAAUAUCAAUUGAGGCUUUCUUAACCAACAUCACUGCCCAGCUAUACAAAUGCUCUUUUGACGGAAUGGGCACAAAUUGCCACUUAUUCCAAUACAUUUCUAUACUUCAAAGUAUUGUGAGAAGCCUUCUUUAAAGAGAAAAGAUGACAUAGAGGUCAGUCUAUUUUAAUACCAUUUGUUUUUGAAAUGAGAUGUCCAAGAAGCCUGUGGUUAGGUGUCCAAAUAUAUGAAUACUUUGGUCAUAUAGUGUAUGCUUUCAUGAGUGUGUGUGUGUGUGUGUGUGUGUAAGUAAAUAUUUUUUUUGUAUUUGUGGCUAUAAAAGGCGAUUUAAAACUGAUGUCUAAGCUCAUGAUGUAAAAUUGUUUUUUAAAUAAAAUAAAUGAUAGAUUUAAUUAAACUGAA